AUGCCACCUUCAUCAUCGUCAUCAUCAAGCUUCAACCACCGUUUCCUCGAUCACACCAAGCCCCCAUUGCUAAUCAACAAAUGGCGGCCGAGCAACGACGUCGUCGCCGCUCCGAGCUGCCCGAGAUGCUUCUCCUCCAACACCAAAUUCUGCUACUACAACAACUACAGCGUCUCCCAGCCUCGCUACUUCUGCAAGUCCUGCCGCCGUUACUGGACCCGCGGCGGCUCCCUCCGCAACGUCCCCGUCGGCGGCGCCUGCCGCAAAUCCCGCCGCGCCUCCCGCCCCACCACCCCUCCCCCCGCUGCCCUUCCAACUCCGGAGGCCUCUGUCUCUGCGCCGGCGGCCGAGAAUUUUGAGAUGUUUCCGGAAUUGGAGGGGUUUGGAUGGCCGCCGUUGGUGGAGGGAUUUGAGGAGGUGUUUUGGAGCAGCGGCGGCGGCGAUCGGAGGAGAAUGCCGUACGAGGAUUUGAUGAGUGACAAUUGGGAUCUGUCGGCUUAUGAUCAUUUUUAG